CAUGCCUGUCUGGACCAUGGAGCUGCACUGUCUUCUUUCUGAAACUCCCACUACAACCAGCUCCAGCUCCACGGAUCCUCUGUAUGACAACUGCCCACCCUAUCCGCACAGAGGGAGGGACCGGGGCUGGGAAACGCAACUGAAGAGCACAAUUCUGUGCCCUGCUGUAACCAGAGUCCCAGCCCCUUGCACCCCUCUGCUGGGUCAGGCCCCAGCUGCAGCUGAAGUUCCCACACUAGGAGGUGGCGGAAGAAGUCCUGGCAUCUGGCCAGAUCACAGCUACUGCAGCUGGAGAGGAGGUCUGGGAAUACAGGGCUGGGAAGCAGAACUUGGUCCAGGCAUAAACAAACUCAGAGGAGGAGAGCCAGGACUAGAAGACGGAUGCAGAGAGGGUGUAGAGGACAGUGAACACAAGAUUCUCUCACGCCACAGCCCCAGCCAAUCAGAGAGUGACGAGCAGGAGAGUGUUCUGUCUCUUUACGAUAACAUCCCUGAAGACGUCACCCCUGAUAGCCUCCAAGGUGCCUUAAAUAUGGAGACGUGCUUCCAGGAGCACUUGCAGGAAGUGUGGGACCCAGAACAAAUCCAGGAUCUGAUGGAGGGUGUGAGUGGAGAUAAUAAUUCUUGGUCCUCUUGUGAGAUCAUCCUGUCUGGAAGCAACUCCAGUAAAAGAUGCAACCAGGACCAGCAUCCAGACCAAGAAAAGGAGUUUGAGAUGGAGCCAGAGCUGGACUCAGGGUCCUUUGUGUUUAAACAGAGUGACCCUAUUUUGCAUCUCCAGCUCCUGAUGUCACCUCCCCAUUCACAUCUUACAACAGAUCUGCUUCCGCAAUACCUAACUGAGCAGCAGGACUUGCGGCUACAAGAUGAAACCCAACAGCUACGUCGGACACCCAAGAUACCCCCUCCUGUACCCCUGGCUGAUCCCUCAGCCAGUGCUCUUCGCAGCCUCCUCACCAGCCUCCAGCAGCAGAUAAUCCGACAAAGGGAGGAGUACGAGGCUAAAAUACUCAGCUUGGAGCAGAGGAAUGAAGAGCUGCAAGAAGAGGUCAGCCGGUUAAGAACAAACCUCGCACAGCACCAGCAGUGGUACCAGGCAGUCCAGACCAAGAUCGUGGAGUCUGAAAGGGCCAGGGCCUUGGCAGAACUACGUAACGCAGCGCUGCAGAGGGAGAUGGAGCAGUUCUUUGAUACCUUUGGAGAACUCAACAAUGAGGCCAAGAAGACUGAAUAUAUCGUCAAGACCUUUUGAGAAAGAUUAUGUGUAUGGUGGAUGAAAUUCUGAAGCUUGUAGGGUGUAGAACAAAAAUAUAUAAAACAUGAAUUCAUUGAUGUCCAUUUUAUUAGUUGAAUAAAGGCAAAAUAUCUUGGCCAAAUGAUAGUAGUGUGGCUUUUGCAAUCACAUAGGACAUCUGAAAAAAAAUAAAAACAAAAUGUGACAUUACAGCGUAUACAAUGGAGCUUUUUAAAACACGAUUAAUACACAGGUUCUGAGCGUGAUAAUACUCAGUCCUUAUCCAAUAUGAUUUGUGGAGUGAAACAGCCACUCCUCUCGACAUUUAAGGCUUGAUUUAACAAAUAAGAUCAUAGAUUUUUUUUAAAAGGAAAACAGUGUACAAUAUAUAGUGCUUACGUUUCUGCAUGUCCAUCACACUGUGCAA